AUGUCUUCCACCACCACCACUCACACCGCAACCACAACAUCACCACCACCAUCGAGGCCACAACCAGUAGGCACUCUCUCUACCAGUGCAUCGACAUAUCCUACCACAUCCACUAUUAGUACUCUGCAUACUUCAUUCAUCAAGCCCAAGAAGAUGUCCAUCACACAAACAUACUAUCUUGCCCACAAGGCAAGGGCAAAGCUUUCUUCGGAAGCUGCCCGCCCCGAUCACAACCUCCGCCUCCUGGUCGGACACGCCAACCUUCUCGACUCAUUGAUGGUCGAGCUCGCCGAUGCCGAAAGGGAACAAGAAUCAUGGUUCAACCAAUCCGUCCGCGGCGCCUCCAACAGCCGCAGCGAAGAACGUCACAUCCAAUGGGCCGACACGGUGGUCCGGGAGCCCGAGCACGACUGGCAAGCCGAGGAUGCCGAGUACAGCGACUCGGAUUCCGAUUCGGACAGCGAUCUGAGCGAGGACGACGAGGAGGACUGUGACGAGGAUGAGGACGUCGAGAUGGCCGAUGCCGUCCCCCUCAGGAGGAUACCCUCACACAGCAGCGGCAGCCUUCAUCGGUACUCGAUGCAAGCACCGCUGCACCAAUUCUACAACUACGACCAAGACAUGGAGGAGGAUGAGGAGGACGACGACGAGGACUACACCCACCUCGCCCUGCAGAGGAGUCCUUCGCACUCUGCGUCGCCACCAGAACUCGAUCUCGACUCGGACUCUUCAGAAGACGAGCACAUGCCACCAUCGCCGCCCACCACCAUCCUCUCCACAUUCUCAUCAACGUCGCCCGAAAAGCAAGCGGGAGAGCAACCAGGAGACGACGAGGAAGAUCAACCAGAACAAGACAAGGAUGCCUUUUACACCCACAACCAGGGCUACUACCUACCAAGCCGUGGUCCGACACUUGUGUCGCCGAUAGGGAUGUACUAAAGACUUCCCCAUCACACACACGCAUACACUUUUCCUUGUUCUACAAU